AUGUUUUAUAAUAAUGAACAAAAUAUUAAUGAUUUUAGUUUAAGAAACAUUCUAGCAAAAGUAACAAAUAAAGAAAUUUAUAAUAAAGAAGAUAAGAAAUGUAUAUGUGAGGUAGUUGAUUAUAAAAAGAAGUUUUUCUGUAUGGGGAAGUGUAGUAAAAAGAAUUGUGUAGAAUGUCCUAAACUGUACAUUAAUGAACAAGAAGUGAGUGUUAUUGAUCCAAAUAACACAGUUAAAUAUCUUCAUAAACAGAUUUUAAUUUCAUUAGAAUUCUUAAGUGAUUGCAACACUUUUCUUAGGUUUAGAGAGUAUGAAAUAUAUGAAAUGAAUGAUAACAUUUUAUGGGGAAGAGAGGUUAAACAAAAUCUAGAAGUAGAAAUAAGUAUAUUUGCAUGUUAUAAUAAUGAACCAGGUAGGUUAAUAUUUUACUAUUCAAAAAAUAAUGAUCUACCAAAUAUUUCUUUCAAUAAAGGAAUUUGUCCUUUAAUGUUUACUAAACACUGUGAUCAAAGAAAUAGUAUUGAAUAUGUAAAAGAAGAUUUAGUCUAUCACACUGGAACAGUAAUAGAUAGUUAUUUUAUAUUUGAAAGAUAUAAUAAGGAAUUAACUAGAAAAUUUAAAGUAUCUUGGUUUAAGUUUAUUUUAAGUUAUUUAAGAUUAGAUUUACUUUCAUUUUUAUUAAUUUUAUUAUUAAAUCUUUUUAAUUAA